CCCAAGCCCGCCCCCUUCCCCACCCCUCCGUGUGUCGCCAUGGCCCCAGCUCUGCUCCUGAUCCCUGCUGCCCUCGCCUCUUUCAUCCUGGCCUUUGGCACCGGAGUGGAGUUCGUGCGCUUUACCUCUCUUCGGCCACUUCUUGGAGGGAUCCCGGAGCCUGGUGGUCCGGAUGCUCGCCAGGGAUGGCUGGCUGCCAUGCAGGACCGCAGUAUCCUUGUCCCCCUGGCUUGGGAUCUGGGUCUCCUCCUACUUUUUGUGGGGCAGCACAGCCUCAUGGCAACUGAGACAGUGAAGGCGUGGAUGUCUCAAUAUUUCGGGGUCCUUCAGAGGUCACUGUAUGUCGCAUGCACUGCCCUGGCCUUGCAGUUGGUGAUGCAGUACUGGGAACCUGUACCCAGAGGCCCUGUGUUGUGGGAGGCUCGGGCCGAACCAUGGGCCACCUGGGUGCCCCUACUCUGCUUUGUGCUCCACGUCAUAUCCUGGCUCCUCAUCUUCAGCAUCCUUCUCGUCUUUGACUACGCCGAGCUCAUGGGCCUCAAACAGGUGUACUACCAUGUGCUGGGGCUUGGUGAGCCUCUGGCCCUGAAGUCUCCCCGGGCUCUAAGACUCUUCUCCCAUUUGCGCCACCCAGUGUGUGUGGAACUGCUGACGGUGCUGUGGGUGGUACCCACCCUGGGCACUGACCGCCUCCUCCUCGCUCUCCUCCUUACCCUCUAUCUGGGCCUGGCUCAUGGACUUGACCAGCAAGACCUCCGCUACCUUCGGGCCCAGUUACAAAGAAAACUCCACCUGCUCUCCCGGCCCCAGGAAGGUGAGGCUGAGUGAGGAGCUAACCUGGUUCCAAGCCUGGCACUUUCUCUCCUUUAACAUCCAGGCCCUGGCUGCUUCAGACCAGAAACCCAAAUUCAUGGACUGAAGGGGCUGUCCCUUCCCCUGUUUGAGCUUCCACUCCUUGGGCCCAGUUCAAUAACCUAAAUUCUGAGUUUCAACCACUGGACUCCAAGAUCUACUUCUCACCAGCCUGGAAGAGGGAAUGGGGAACUUACCUGUCUCCUCACACUUCAGGGCUUGACACCCCCCACCCAACACACACACCUUAAGAACCUCCUCAUAAGGAAGAAGGGAGGGCCUGACCACUUCCCUCCCACUGUUACUCCCUUCUGCACCUCAGGGAUCCCCUUCUCCUCUGGCUUCCCCUUCUAGUAGUGGGACCAGGGUCUGCAGGUUUGAUAAUGCCUUCCCUUCCAGGCUCCAAGUGCCAGCCCCCUGAUUAGCCUUGCGGGUUCCUUAGGCCCUGGCCCUAGGCUCUGUCCUCUAACCUAGUUGAAAGGAUCCUCCUGCUUUUCAUUUUGGGUGACUAAGAGCUCUCUGCUCUCCCGAGGAACACGCGCAGCAGAAAAAUAAAAUUCAGCCUGUUUUUUUCUACAUA